AAAAAAUGUGGAUUACCCCAUUUGUAUACCUAAUUCUGAGUGUAACAACAUCAUGUACACUGAUGCAUCCAACUUAGGGUGGGGUGCAGUAAUGGGUUCUAACAGAACAGGAGGCAGGUGGAAUGAGAUUWAAUAUCUCGUUGCCUGCAGAAGAUACAGAUGGAGGAGUCYGAAGGCAUUCUAAUAGUUCCCAUGUGGGCAACCCAACCAUGGUAUUCUCAGCUGUUACACAUGUUAACAGCUGUACCAAGGACUCUACCAAACCAAGUAAAAACUCUACAAAUGCUAGGAAAGAAGGACAUAACACACCCACUUAUCACGAAAAUGAUACUGAUGGCCUGCAGACUAACAGGAGAUCCCUUGAAACACAGGGCAUUUCUAAAAGAGCUGGAGACAUCAUACUGCAGUCCUGGAGGAAAGGGACCAAAAAACAGUAUGACUCCUAUAUCAAGAGGUGGAACAACUAUUGUCAUAGGAAACAGAUUGACUUCGUUAAUCCCUCUAUUGCCCAAGCAUUAGACUUUUUAGUUGAGUUAUAUGAACAGGGCAUUGGUCACAGCAGUAUAAAUACAGCAAAGUCAGCUCUCUCUUGUAUUCUGAAUCCUGUUAAUGGUAUUCCCUUUGGUACUCAUCCUACUGUUACACGUUUCCUUAUAGGAGUAUUUGAAUCCAGGCCAACAGCAACAAGAUACACAGAAACAUGGGAUGUAGGAAAGGUACUGCGCUACCUUAAGACAAUACCCAGUGACUCAGAAAAGACAACACUAAAGGAUUUGACUUUAAAAACAGUUAUGUUAAUGGCUCUCGUAUCGGCUCAAAGAGGACAAACUAUUCAUAUGUUCAGUAUUGGAGAUAUGAUAACCACAGAGACAUCAGUUACUUUCAUAAUUUCUACCCCUAUUAAGCAAACUAAGCCAGGGAGUAAGCCAUUAUCUGUCAAGUUUAAUUCAUACCCACUUGACUCUAAUCUUUGCGUUGUCACUACCUUGAGGAAUUAUCUAGCACACACAGAGUCAUUGCGUGGAGACCACAAGCAACUUUUUAUCAGUUAUUUGAAACCAUUCCACCCAGUAUCCAGAAGCACGAUCAGUCGAUGGAUUAAAGUAGUCAUGAACAGUUCGGGAAUUAAUACAGAUACAUUUAAACCACAUAGUACAAGAUCAGYGGCUACCUCUAAAGCUACUGCAUGUUCUGUGCCAUUAGAUCAGAUAUUUGUCCACAGCCGGGUGGAGUUCAGAAAACACAUUUGCUAAGUUUUAUGAUAAACCAAUUCAGGGAGAUGUAGACAACAGUUUUGCUAAUAAGA